AUGAAGGAGUACUCAGCAGAAGAGUGGCUUCCAUCCGCCUCGGGCCUUGGCGAGAGUCCGCUGUACCGCGCCAGCGACCAAACCUUUUUCUUCGUCGACAUCAAGAACCAACUUGUGCACAAGAUCCCGGAAUCACAGGGUUGGGAGCAGCGCAAGACCUACGAGUUUGACCAGCCCAUCACAAGAUUAGAAGUGGUUGCCAAUCGUAUAGAUGUCCUGGCUGUGCAGACUAAGUUUGGCCUAGCCCUACUAUCACUUGACACUGGAACCCUGAAAGACAUUGCGACCCUACAGCAUCAUGAUAAAACGCUCGACGCAAAAGUGCGAAUGAACGAUGGCGCAAUAGAUGCCAAGGGGAGAUGGUGGUCUGGGUCAAUGGCGCUGGAUGAGGAAGAUCCGAUCGGCCGGCUGUGGUGCAUGGACGAAGGCGCCAGCGAGGCCAGAACGGCAUCUGUGCGGGAGCUGGACAACCUCCUGAACACGCCCGUGCCAAACGGGCCCGUCUUCUCCCCAGAUGACAAGACAAUGUUCGCGAGCGAGACUCCCCAUGGGAAAAUAUUCCAGUACGACUAUGACACGAAAGACGGCACCGUUUCAAACAAGCGUCUGUUUAUCCAAUUGGAGAAUGGUGGGAUGCCGGAUGGCAUGGCGGUCGAUGCAGAGGGAUACAUCUGGGUAGCGGCCAAUUUUCAGGGGAAGCUAGUGCGGUACUCCCCAGACGGCAAGGCCGUAGCAACGUGCAAGGUGCCUGGGGCGAAAAUGACCUCGUGUCCUGCUUUCGGCGGGACGGACCUCAGAACGCUUUUCAUCACGUCUAUUGCAUCCGAAGGCUCCACUGGCCAUGUUUACAAGGUCAAGGUCGAUGUGCCGGGGAUUCGGCGCCACGAGUACGAGGCUUAG